AAUUCAAAUGCUCAUUAGGCAUACAGCGAACGAACGAAAAGCAACAGUUUAGCUUCCUCCUCGUUAGCCCUUGCUAGGGUACGAGCAACGAGAGUUCAGUUAUUUACAGACUGUUUGACGGAGGUUGUCAAUAUUUAGUGUACAGUGCAAUGAAUCAUUCGAUGUUUAUUGGAUUACUUCUCAUCAACAAUUACUUCACACUUGGUCUUCUGAUAAAGCAGUACAACUGUGACAACUACAUUCUCGCAUGGUGUCAGCUUCACAAUGUUACUAUUCAAUCGGAUAAGGAUCUUCAGUCCGUCUCAUUUCCAAAAGUGCAACAGGUUGGAUUCCUCAACGGAUCGAUUCAUCAUUUUUCACACUUCCUCAAUUUGAGUCUUUUCAAAGCCGGUGUCCUUGGAAUAUUCGCUCGAGGAACAAAGAUCUCUCAUCUCACAAUGCCAAGCACGGUCGAGCAGCUUUACUUUCGCGAUAAUGAGCUUUCAUCCGUUGUGAUUGAUCCCAACGUUUCGUACAAUAUAAAGUAUCUAAGGAUUCACCUGAACAAACUAACAGACGUUUCCAAUUUUAAGCAAUUAACCAGUCUCGUUGAGCUGAAUCUUUGUGAUAAUUUAAUUGAGCAUUUAUCGUUUGACAUCUUCUCCGGAAUGAUCUAUCUGAAUCAGUUGCUGCUCUGCGGAAAUCGAAUCAAAACCAUCACUGCCUCACUGGACGUCAGUCUCCCGAAUCUCUAUCAUCUGGACUUAUCCAGUAACUUUCUGUUCGAUUUCACAUCACUCCAUCAGUGUCAUCUCCCGCGAUUGAGUAAUUUUUCCCUCCGGGAUAAUCUGCUGGUCAGCCUUGACGUUCCGGCCAUUGCCCAGCGCUUAACUGCGCUGAAAAUUCUUGACGUUGAGCACAAUUCGCUGGACUGCGACACAUACCAGCAGCUGUUGAAACUGGUUCACCAGCGCAAAAUUAUUUACAACGUAGACAAGCGUGCUUGCGGCGUCCCACCCACGACGCCACCACCAGUGAUCGUUACCCGUCAGUGGGCUGACCCCGAUCUCCGACCAGAGGAUGGAAGUCUCCAGCAAGUUCGACAACUUAAAGAACGGAUUUAUCAGCAGGUGAAAAUUAUUAAUAGUCAGCGUGACGAAAUCGAAUAUCUCCGUGCAAAUCUGAGUGCGCUGAUGGAACAAUUUGAUUUGGUGGCGGCCACAGCCCGGGAAAAGGAACAGUUCUGACGGUGCCUAAUCGAAACUGUUGUGUUUGGUUAGUUGGGUUUUUUUUUCCAACUAGCAAUAAUCGCACCUCAGAUAAACCUCAUUGGUUACAAUAACGCCACUGCGCUAGUUAGUUUUAGUUAUAUGUAUGUGAUUCAAUCAAUAGUAUAGCAGAAUAAUGUGUGUUUAAAUAAUGUACAACCGAUUUGUUCAAUUUGCACCAUGAAUGCUGAAAAUAGUUUCUUUCACCGCGAUAGACAUAAAUACAACUAUGAGAAAAUUAAUCAAUAUAUAUUCCUUCAAAGUAAAAUUAUCUUCAUGACCAAACAACGAGUUCGAGCAUAUAAUGUUAGUAGCAAGACGUACAUAAAAGAGAUCCGCGUUGAGCGCGGAACGAUUGAGCAUCUACCAGGAUAUCAUCCUAAUAAAUAAUAAGCUCAGCUUGUCAAAGUGAAGGGUGGAACGAUCAAAAUUUGGUCAUCUUAAAUUUGACGUAUGUGCAUAUGUACACAUACCUGAAAACCAGUUAUUUGACGUUUGCUCUUAAUUUUUCAAAGUGGCGUUCAAGAAGAAGGAGUAAUGUUCAAAAACUGUGCUCGCGCGCAAAGUUAUCAAAAUUGUGGCCAAAUAAACUGUAACGAACGUUAUUAUAGUGAUCGGGGAGGGUAUAUAGACUGUCUGGAAGCCAGGAUCGAAGCGAAUUCGGAAGCUAGAAGUUACAACGCCGACGGAAAAAGUGGUCUGCUCUUUCAAAUGGAAUUCGUCUGGAUUUUCGCACACAACAGAGCAGCAAGCCAAAAAAAGCGCCGGCUUGUCAUCCUACAAGAAGGUGAAAACUCCGAAUCGCGAACAAGCACUCGACGGCCGAUCCCGGCAGCUGCAUUCAGAGAUAUUGGGCCAUCGUCAGGCGAAACUUGGUGUAGCGUUACCUAGCGGUCUAGGCAACUGGCUUUUCUUUUAAAAUCAAGAGACACAAAACUUCUCUUGGACGUAUAACUCCCGACUCUUUAUUUUGUGUCAACUAAAUAUAAAUUAACCUGACACUAUACAUACUUAAUCCUACAAGCUCAUUCUAAAUUCAGAUUCCUACGAGGGGUGCUUGGAGUCGCUUUUAGAGAGAGGAAAAAAUAUUAACCAAUUGCAAUCGAAUUGGCUAUAUAUAAUCGUAAACAAUAAUUUGGUUACGCGGAAUUUUCCACGCCACGAUGUGGAAACCCGAGCUUAUUUUUUUAUACUCGCGGUACUGGAGUUCGUGUCAGUAAAAAAAUUAAACCUGGUCAGCGACACUGGCUGACGAAUAAAAACUGUAAUAUGAGAUCAACGAGGUGGGCUCGUGGGGAAAUUAGCUCGCGCUUCAGAAAACAUAAAAAUGUAAGAAAUGUAACUUUCAAGCACCUUUACAGAAUGUUUGAUGAUUAGGGGCGCUUCAUCCCCCCUUAUUUGUACAGCUUGAAAUAAUCUUGUAGAGAUUAUACAAGUAUAGUGUAGUGUAGUGUAGUUAUAGAUUCUUUUUAUGUUACAUAUAUUUUACAUUUAUUUCAAUUAAAUUUUUAUUUGUUAUGGAUUAGAUAUACAGCCAUUCCAUGCCAAACCGAUAUAGUGGUUCUCAGAUUUUCGUCAGAAGUGGUAGUUUUGUCCUUUAUCGCAAAUUAUUAGACCCGUAUUUUUUAUUUUUUUGUUAGGGUGACCAUUCCCAUUUUAGGGUGGCCCGAACAAUCCAUUUUUUCGCAUUUUUGCCAAAAAUGACUUUUUUCAAAUAUUCAUAACUUUCAAACCACUGGACCAAUUCAGAUGUUCGACGUAUUAAAUUAAAGCCAAUUAGCUGGUGUUUUUUGGAAAAAUACUACAGUUGCAGAAAGAUUGAAUUAUGUUUUCAUGAUUAUUGAUUGUAUUUGUUUUUUUUUAUAGUUUUCAUGGUCUCGGGACCAAAGACGCUAUAUAUUUUUAUAUUUUUUCUGGAUAGCUGAGGAUUUUUCACAUAACAUAUCUCGAAACCAGGGAGGCGUUUGUUUCGUUUUUGAGUUAUGAUUUUUCAAAGUUAACCGAUGGUCCAAAAAAACAUUUUUUUCCCAUUUUUUCCACCACAAAAAAUCAUAACUUUUGAUCUACUAAACCGAUUCAGAUGAUCGACAUACCAAAUUAAAGCCAAUGAGCUAGUCUUAUUUGAAAAAAUACUACACUCUGAAUAAAAAUGGAUUUCGUUUUCGUAAUUAUUGAUUAUAUUUGUUUUUUAUAGCUUACAUAGUUUCGGGACCAAGGGCGCCAUAUUUUUUUAUAUUUUUCCUGAAAGCUGAGGUUUUUCACAUAAUAUAUCUGAAACCAGAGAGGUGUUAUUUUUCGUUUUUAAGUUAUGAUUUUUCAAAGUUAACAUGUUUUCAGUUUUCGUUCAAUAUUU